UUCACCGUGAAGAUGAAAGAGGAAAGCAUGUGCCCGGACUCCCCCGAAGGCAGCCUGGUCACCAGCGAGGAGGAAGGUGAGAGGCUGCACAAGAAAUGUCUCCGUAAACGUGGCCAGGGUGGCAAAGCCACAGAGGACUGCGGUGUCCCCUCGCCGCAGGGCAAGCGGAGCAAGCGCAGCCCCAUCCCGCAAUCCUUCGAGGACGUGCACACGCAGCGCGUGAUCGCCAACGUGCGGGAACGCCAACGGACCCAGUCGCUCAACGACGCCUUCGCCGAGCUGCGCAAAAUCAUCCCCACGCUCCCCUCCGACAAGCUGAGCAAGAUCCAAACCCUCAAGCUGGCCGCUCGUUACAUAGACUUCUUGUACCAGGUCCUGCAGAGCGAUGAGCUGGACCACAAGAUCACCAGCUGCAACUACCUGGCCCACGAGAGGCUCAGCUACGCCUUCUCCGUCUGGAGGAUGGAAGGGGCUUGGUCCAUGUCCGCAUCCCACUGA